UCAAUGAGUGAGAGGACUCUCAUUCACUACCCUCAGAUAAAUAGCAUCCCUGUCUGCUCAUAAACUGAGAGACAGUGGAUCCAGUGGCACUCUGGGAUGGAAAGGUUAUCCCCUUGAAAGAAUGUUUAAUACUCUCUCAGGACUUCAAACCAAAGUUUUUCACUUGUGACUCCGUCCCACUGAGGGACCAGCUCACUCUGCUCCACACAGGGCUCAAACCCAACACUCUGGUACAAAGCUCAAGACUUUAAGAGGGAUACCAAGGCUCAUACUCUGAAGAAUUUCAGAGGAUUUUUUUUUCUCCCUCAAGAGCAGGGAGGUAUUUUUUUUAUAUAAAGAAUGGGAGACUAUGAUGAAGACACUGCAUUCCUCGGACAGACUGGUCCUUAUUUCUGGACCACAUUCUUCCUCCUUAACACAGUUUAUCUCUCGACUGGAUUCAACGGACUUUACAUGGUCUUUAUCGGGUCAGCUCCUACACAUCACUGCCUCAUUCCGGACGUGAACUUAACCGAGGAGUGGAAAAAUGCCAUUAUUCCUGUUACAAUAGUGGAUGGCGUGGAGGUGCAGACCCAGUGCAGCAGAUACAAGCUGGAUGUGGUGAGAAAUCUCUCUGCUCAAGGAUUUAUUCCUGGAAGGGACGUCAACCUCACUAACCUGGAGCUGGAGAAAUGUUUAGAUGGAUGGAGCUACAGCAAAGAGAUCUACCAAUCCAACAUAGUCACUGAGUGGGACCUCGUUUGUGACGACCAGUGGAAAGUUCCCUUUGCAUCCUCGACUCUCUUUGUGGGAUACCUCUUUGGGUCCCUAAUCUCAGGCCAGCUUUCUGACAGGUUUGGGAGGAAGAAGGUUGUUUUCAUCUCUCUUGCAGCCCAGUGUGUCUCAGUGCUGCUUCAGUCCUUCUCUCAUUCAUGGAAGAUGUUCUGCGUCAUGUUCCUCUUUGUUGGAGCCUCCCAGAUAUCCAUGUAUAUUUCUGCAUUUGUACUAGGAACAGAGCUUUUGAGUAAAACUAUGCGAGUGCUCUUCACAACUCUCGGGGCCUUCCUUUUCUAUUGCAUCGGGUACAUGACGCUACCUUGGAUUGCAUACGGAAUCCGAGAAUGGAGGACUCUGCUCGCCGUUCUGUCCUCAACGUCUGUGGUUUACAUCCCACUGUGGUGGUUAAUCCCAGAGUCUCCUCGGUGGCUGAUUACUCAGGGAAGAGUGGAGGAGGCUGAGGCCAUUGUGAGGGAUGCUGCAAGGAAAAAUAAGGUUGAAGCACCACCUGUGAUCUUUAAAGAAUCUGAGCUCCAUUCACUGACUCCAAGCAGGAAAUACUCCAUGCUUGAUGUUCUAAAAAACAAGAACAUCAGAUGCAUCACACUGAUGUGUCUCCUUUUGUGGAUGGCAAUAAACAUUGGGUAUUUUGGAUUAUCCCUGAACACCUCCAAUCUGAGUGGUGACCCCUUCAUGAACUGUUUUUUGUCAGCUACUACUGAGGUCCCUGCCUAUGUCGUUUCUACCUGGCUGCUAAAGAAAUGUCCAAGAAGAGCACUUCUGUCAACAUUCCUCAGCCUUGGAGGAGGACUUCUUCUUCUAAUCCAGUUCAUCCCUGAUACCCUUCAGUAUGUUGCUCUGGCGCUGGAAAUGACCGGGAAGUUUGGCUUCACCAUGUGCUUCAGCAUCGUCUACAUCUACACUGCUGAGAUUUACCCCACGGUACUCAGGAACGUCGGCAUUGGAAUGUGCUCCUCUGCUGCACGCAUUGGCAGCAUCACAGCUCCUUAUGUCAUCUAUUUAGGUACUUAUAAUAAGGUUCUGCCUUAUAUCCUCAUGGGAAGUCUCACGAUUGCUUCCUCUGUGGUAAACUUCUUCCUUCCGGAAACCCUCAAUAGAGAUCUUCCAGAAACAGUGGAGCAGAUGCAAGAAUGCCAAGGGUUGUGUCAUGGAUUCAGAAAGACGAAAUAUGUAGAAGAUGAAGGAAGGAGGAACCAACCCAUACAACGUGAGGCCAAAGUCUGAUUUGCAGACUCGUAGUUUUUUCUCAAUGGAGUUAUCUUGCUUGAAAGUAAUAAUCAGAAAUCUGAAUAUAAAAUCCAAAAAAAGUUGCACAGUGGGAUCCAAAUGUCCACUGGCAGGACCUGUUCAGUUUUUUAUAUUUUUAUUUUGUUUUUAAAAACUUGCUAAAAGCUUGCUA